AUGUUGUAUGUUUUGGAGAAAUGGAUCGCUAUGCGUACAGUCAGUGGAAACACUAAGUAUAUGGAAGAGUGUAGAAGGGGAGCACGUUUCCUCAAGAAUAUUCUUCUACAAUUAGGUGCGAUUCCUGGUGCUUGUGGACGUACUCUGGUGUAUGGUAAAUUUAUUGGUAAACAUCGAUCCAAUGAUAAAUCUGUCCCCACUGUCCUGAUCUAUGGCUACUAUGAUGUAAUUGCAGCGGAAAAUGAAAAUAAUUUGUGGGGUACAGAUCCAUUCAACAUGACAGGUAGAAAUGGUUAUCUGUAUGGUCGCGGUACAAGUGAUAACAAGGGAAAAUAUCCCAGCAUCUAUUUUUUUUUUUUAUUUAAAACAAAUCAUAACUUAUAUAUUAUAGGGAUCAAUCCUUGCAUCGAUUUUUGCUCUGAACGAGUUGUUAAAGGAAGGUCUUUUGGAUGUAAAUGUCAUCUUUUUAAUUGA